CACCUCGUCAUCGAAUUCAUCCGCAAACCCCCCUGGUCACACACACUUCAUACAGCUCGGCUUUUAUUCCGAGGCUCCUUGUGCUUGUCACGAAUGCCCGCCCUUUGGUUGUUUAAAGUAGUAAAAAUUACUCAGCAACUUGGUUAUGUAUAUUGACUUCUAUAAAGCAGAAUACCUAUCCUAGCCUCAUCACAUCUCCGCGCCUCUUCAAUUGUCAUCCACUCCUUUUCACCAAACAACACAUCUAAAGACAAUUAGCUUCCUGGGUUCGUAUCUCCAGGGGGGGAAAAUAAAAGAAAAACACAAUCCACAACUUGAACAUCCUGAAACCAUACGCACGACACGCGUUCCGACUCUUGGAAAUUCCCCGUGUGAAACUUGCCUAGGUACCUGAGCGAUCGCGAGGCCUCAAGCUCAACUCAACAUCGAUCGACAAUCAGCUCAACUCUGCCUGACAACAGCCACGUGGGAAGAGCUAUACCUGUGCGAAUGGCAUAAAACAAUCUCCAUAUAUUGGGGCAUCGAUUACCUGCCUAUUUAAGGAUAUUGCGAUACAGAAAAGAUCCACGUCUGCGACCCGAUCCAUCGCGGGCUCGCUAUUCGACAUACCAUUUCCCCCGCCACUCAGUUUACUGUCUGCCCUGCAAAUAUUUACUCUCACUUUGUUUGCUUUACAUCACAUUCUCCGCUCAUUGAUUUGCUCUCACCAUUGUAAACAUUAUUAGAAGUCAUUAGCAUCAUCGUCCUAGCAUACUAGCUAAAGAUGCUAGGCUCUAAAUUCAGGCCCAUCACCAUAAUCGCGGUCGUGGGGGCGUACAUCCUCACGCUGCGACAGGAAAGAUGGUCGAUACUUUGCUUCGUUCAAUACUUCAUCGGAACAUGGCUCGCCAGCUUCUCAUGCUGGGGCCUGUGGGCAACCCAGUUCUACCCCAAAUUCUUCUCCCCGCUGCGCCAUCUGCCUGAGCCGAAGGGCAAUUCGUUUUGGCAUGGCCAGUUCAAGAAGAUUAGUGCCGAGCCCGGCGGCGCGCCCAUGCUCGAGUGGGUACAUACGGUCCCCAAUGAGGGUCUGAUCAAAUACAAGGGCCUCUUCAACCGCGAGCGCCUCCUCCCCGUCAGCCCCAAGGCCCUCGCAGAGGUCUUGGUCACCAAGAACUAUGACUUUGCCAAACCGGCGCAGAUGCGCACCACCAUCGGGCGCAUCCUCGGUAUCGGCAUCCUUCUGGCCGAGGGCGACGAGCACAAGGCCCAGCGCCGCAACCUGAACCCGGCCUUUGCUUUCCGUCACACCAAGGACCUGUACCCUAUCUUUUGGUCCAAAUCGCGCGAAGCCAUCCAGGCCAUGACUACUGAGGUCUUGCAGGACUCUGAACGCGCCCACCAGCAGCAAGGCAAGGGUAGCAACGGCGCCGCUGCCCAAACCAUGCAGACGGAGGACGACAUGGCCAACUCCCAGCUGCCCUCCGGCACGGCAUUCAUGGAGGUUAGCCAAUGGGCUUCGCGCGCCACGCUCGACAUCGUCGGCGUCGCCGGCCUGGGUCGCGACUUUGGAGCCAUCCGGGACCCGACAAGCCAGCUGAUCUCAACCUACCACUCCCUAUUCAAGCCGUCCCGCCAGGCGCAGAUCCUGGGCCUGCUGCACGAGGUCAUACCCGGCUGGAUCAUCACGCGGCUGCCCAUGCGGCGUAACAACGACAUCCACCACGCCGCAAAAUUCAUCCGCAGCGUGUGUCGGGACAUGGUACGGGAGCAAAAGGAGAAGCUCGCGGCUGGAGACGAAAAGGGACCGCAGGACAAGAACAUACUCAGCGUCGCGCUCCGCAGCGGCGGUUUCACCGACGAUAACCUAGUAGAUCAGCUCAUGACCUUCCUCGCCGCCGGGCACGAGACGACCGCCACCGCCAUGACCUGGGGUAUCUACAUGCUCUCGCGGUACCCCGAGGUGCAGGACCGGCUGCGGGAAGAAAUCAGGAGCCGGCUGCCGUCGCCAGAGUCGGGCGAGGACGUCACAAGCGCCGACAUCGACAGCAUGCCGUACCUCAACGCCGUCUGCAACGAGAUCCUGCGCUACUUUGGCCCCGUACCCCUGACCAUCAGGGACGCGGCCCGCGACACGAGCAUUCUGGGCAACUUUGUGCCAAAGGGCACCCGCAUCUUCAUCGGCAUCUGGGCCAUCAACAAGUCCAAGGAGCUCUGGGGCCCCGACGCCGACCAGUUCAAGCCCGAGAGGUGGCUGGACGAGGAUAAGACGGCGGCAAACGGCGGCGGUAGCGAGAACGCGGACGGCUCCGAGUCGGACAACCAAAAGACCAGUGGCAGCAAGAAAGCUGCGUCGGGUGGCGCGUCCAACAACUACGCCUUCAUGACGUUCCUGCACGGCCCGAGGAGCUGUAUCGGGAGCGGCUUCGCCAGGGCCGAGUUCGCGGUGCUGCUGGCCGCCUGGAUCGGGCGCUUCAAGUUCAAGUUGCGGCACGCAGAGGAACAGGACGAGGCAAAGGUCGUGAUAAAAGGUGGUGUUACGGCGAGGCCUGCCAAUGGCAUGCACGUGAAGGCCACGGUUGUAGAAGGGUGGUAGCCUUGCAUCUGUUGUUUGCAUUUGUUUUGGUUUGCUAAAGAAUAGUUUAGAUACGACUGAUAUGACCCUAGGAUAUGUAAUGAUGAGAUGGCGCGGGAAGCAAAGUUUUGAUUUCUUAUGCAACUUGAUAGAAUGCACCGUGUCCGUAUUGUUCGCUCAUUUUUCCACAUCUACUAUGCGUGGCCUGACAAAUAAAAUGCGGAUCACCAAGUGUCAGUUCGAUUUUGCUCUGUCUGCCAUGGUAUUGAUUAUCUCUACGAGAAUUCCAUAACAAGUUUC